GCGGUGGCGCGCGGGCCAAGAUGGCGGCGGGCGCGUGAGGGGUGGUGCGCGCGGGGGAGGCGAAGCGAAGGCCCGGCCGCCAGGGAGGCUCCGCCGCUGCCGCCGCUCCCGGGGCCGGGCGAUGGUAAAAUGACCCAGGGCGGGAAGAAGAAGAAGCGCGCCGUGAAUCGCAGCAUCAUGCUGGCCAAGAAGAUCAUCAUUAAGGACGGCGGGACGCCUCAAGGAAUAGGUUCACCAAGCGUCUACCAUGCUGUUAUAGUGAUCUUCUUGGAGUUUUUUGCUUGGGGACUCUUGACAGCACCCACUCUGGUGGUUUUGCAUGAAACCUUCCCGAAACAUACGUUUCUAAUGAAUGGGCUAAUUCAAGGAGUAAAGGGCUUAUUGUCAUUCCUCAGUGCCCCGCUCAUAGGUGCCCUCUCUGACGUGUGGGGGCGAAAGUCCUUCUUGCUGCUAACAGUGUUUUUCACCUGUGCACCAAUACCACUAAUGAAGAUCAGCCCAUGGUGGUACUUCGCUGUCAUCUCUGUCUCUGGAGUGUUUGCAGUGACGUUUUCUGUGGUUUUUGCAUAUGUAGCAGACAUAACCCAAGAACACGAGAGAAGCAUGGCCUAUGGUUUGGUUUCUGCAACUUUCGCAGCAAGUUUAGUUACCAGCCCUGCAAUCGGUGCCUACCUUGGUCGAGUCUACGGAGACAGCUUGGUGGUUGUCCUGGCUACAGCAAUAGCCUUAUUAGACAUUUGUUUUAUUCUUGUGGCUGUGCCAGAGUCACUGCCGGAGAAGAUGAGGCCAGCAUCCUGGGGAGCACCCAUUUCAUGGGAACAGGCUGAUCCUUUUGCAUCACUGAAGAAAGUUGGCCAGGACUCGAUUGUGCUGCUAAUCUGCAUAACAGUCUUUCUUUCCUACCUCCCAGAGGCAGGGCAAUAUUCCAGCUUCUUCCUAUACCUCAGACAGAUAAUGGGAUUUUCAUCUGAAAGCGUUGCAGCAUUUAUAGCAGUCCUUGGGAUUCUCUCCAUUAUUGCACAGACAAUAGUUCUGAGUUUACUGAUGCGAUCUAUUGGAAAUAAGAACACCAUCCUGCUGGGCCUAGGAUUUCAGAUACUCCAGCUUGCGUGGUACGGCUUUGGAUCAGAACCAUGGAUGAUGUGGGCAGCUGGUGCAGUGGCAGCCAUGUCCAGUAUUACUUUCCCAGCUGUAAGCGCGCUGGUUUCAAGAACUGCUGAUGCUGACCAGCAGGGUGUUGUUCAAGGGAUGAUAACAGGAAUUCGAGGACUGUGUAAUGGUUUGGGACCAGCACUUUAUGGUUUUAUAUUCUAUAUAUUUCAUGUUGAACUGAACGAACUCCCCAUGCCUGAAUCGCCAGCAGGAGGUGGCGCGGUCACACAGUACCAUUUACAACAGAAUUCUAUAAUUCCUGGACCCCCGUUCUUAUUCGGAGCGUGUUCUGUGCUGUUGGCACUUCUUGUUGCCUUGUUCAUUCCUGAACACACAAACCUAAACCUACGAUCCAGCAACUGGAAGAAGCACUGUGGCAGCCACGGCCAUCCCCACAGCCCACAAGCUCCCGCUGAAGCUAAAGAACCGUUACUGCAAGAUACAAACGUAUGACAGAAAUCCAGG